ACCCGGAAAUGACUUCUCCCCACCCCGAGGAGGACCCCACCCUGUGGCGGUGCAACGGAAGGAUUCUCCAACACUGGGUUGUGCGCAGUACCCAUGGCUACCUUCGAGGAAGUGAGCGUGUCCGGCUUCGAAGAGUUCAAUCGGGCUGUGGAGCAGCACCAGGGCAAGACUAUUUUCGCCUACUUUACGGGUUCUAAGGACGCCGAAGGGAAAAGCUGGUGCCCCGACUGCGUGGAGGCUGAACCAGUUGUUCGAGAGGGGCUGAAGCAUAUUAGUGAAGGAUGCGUGUUCAUCCACUGCCAAGUAGGAGAAAAAUCUUAUUGGAAAGAUCCAAAUAAUGACUUCAAAAAACAACUGAAAGUAACUUCAGUGCCUACACUAAUUAAAUAUGGAACACCUCAAAAACUUGUAGAAUCUGAGUGUCUUCAGGCCAACCUUGUGGAGAUGCUGUUCUCUGAAGAUUAAAAAUUAAUGAUGGCAAUUGUGUCUUCAUUUCCUGGUUUGCUCUAGUAUAAAAGAAACUACAUAUUUGAAUUCAUUUUAGCAAUAAGUAAAUGAUGAUGUGAAAGUUAGCUUAUGUCUAAAUAAAGAAUGCUCUAAAAAUA